AAUGGACUUUAGCCUUGACUGGCUGUCGUGGGUGAAGUCCAUUCCAAGACGUAAACGAAGAAGAACUUCAUCCUCGUGCAACAUGGAUUCAGUGUCUUCACAGCACACAGAUCGUCCCCUCAAGUCGAUUCUUCGAACCACAAGCCAGGAAUCACUGCCCACUUAUCCAGCAGUCUCAUCCGAGUGCCACAGAAAAGCCAUCGAAGAGCGGCAUUCAACUUCGUCCCUGAGCCCCGUGUCGCACAUCAAUGACUUAAACUAUGUAUAUGGCUCCAGUGGGCCCUUCCAGCAGCAUAUCUUCUACGUCGUUUUUCUGGGACACUUUCUUAGUGUGGUUCAUAGGCUUUUGACCUUCGCAUUCGCGCUUGAGACUGAACAUUGGUGUGCCAUGCCUUCCAACGCGAACCUUAGCGAGGAGCAGUGGCUUGCUGUAGCGAUUCCUAGAUCCGCCGACGGUACCGUUGACAGGUGCCAUAUGUACUUGCCGAACGGAAGCGUCGCACCUUGCUCGUCCUGGUAUUAUAAAAGAAGAGCCUUCACGCUCACGAUUCAAACUGAGUGGAACCUUGUUUGCGAUAGGGAGUGGCUAGUAUCCCUCAGCGACAGCGUUUAUGUGGUUGGCAAGCUCAUUGCAAUGCCCUUAGUGGGAAACUUUUCCGACAGUUACGGACGACAGCCAGUUUUGUUCCUGAACACCCUCGUCGUAGUUGCAUCUGGCUUCCUCUUGUUAAUCAAACGUCAUCUAGUAUGCUUCAUGGUUUGCCGCUUCCUGCUCUCGUUCGGAAUAAGCAGCCUUUGCACAACUGGGAUUACAGUCCUUGCAGAGAUUACGGAUGUCCCACAACGCACUAUCUAUGUGCUAGCAUGCCUGCACGCACGUGGAUUGGGAUACCUUGUCAUGUUGCCAAUCGUACUCUUUCUCGACAACUGGUUUAUUGCGCAGCUUGUAGUGAUGGUACCCACCUCUUUCCUCAUCUUCUCUUUUGCAACCAUACCAGAGACCCCGCGCUGGCUCUUGGCCACCGGCCGCAUAGUCGGCGCUCGCGACAUUGCGUUUAAAGCAGCCAAGAGAAAUUGCGUGGAAGGCACAGUGGCACGGCAGCGAUGGGAGAUGAUGCUCGUUCGUCUACGCCAGGAGCGGCAAAGGACGUCGGACGUGCUCCGCAGCUAUGCGGCGACAACGAAAUAUUACCCUUUCACGAUAUUCAGUGUUCUUCUAUUCAACUGGCUUUCUUCGUGGAUCCUUUAUUAUUCGCUGACGCCAAGCGCAGAGGCUGUCAGGCCUACGAGAACAGCAUCUGUAUUGGCUGACGUGUUGCUGGAGUUCUUCGCCUUCUGCCUAGUUGUACGAACAGCGGACAAAUUCGGACGUAUUCCAUGCAUCGCCAUUGGCACCCUUGGUGCAGGUCUGCUGUCCUUUCUAACAUUUGGAUUGCUAAGUUUCCACGUCUCUUACGUUCCGAAGGCUACGUUGUUGUUCGCCAAGCUUUUGGUCACGGCGGCUACGGGUGUGCUGUACCUGCACGCCUUAGAAACUUUUCCCACCUUGCUGCGUAACACGAAAUUCAACGCAUGCGCGCUCUGCGAAGCGCUCGGAGCUGUCACAGUCUCUUUCGGUGAAAGUAUUACGAAGGGAUACAGUAAUAAGGACCUACUAUGCAUCGUCUUCUCUGUGAUAUGCAUCGUCGAUGGAGCAUUGGUGUUCUGUCUUCCAGAGACCUUGCACAAGGACAUGCCCGACGACUACCGUGAUUUCGAGCGACUACUCAGGGAGCCACAGCAAACGAUGUGAGGCUCGGAGGAGGUCGACUGAGCAUGGGUAGUGCCAUAAUUGUUUAUCUGAAACCGCUGCAUAUAUUUGAGCCCUAUCUUAGUCUGAUGUCUGUUGGGCAUACCUAUGCUUCUCCGGUGCUUUAAUUAAAUCAUUCGAC